ACCGGUUACAUUCGGCAGGCUGGGUUGCUAAGGAACGGCGGCGGAAGACGAGGGACCGGAGUCUGCACCCGGAGAAGCCGAACGGGUUUAUUAUUAAUAAUAAUAAUAAUAAUAAUAAUAAUAAUAAUAAUAAACAGUAAUUAGGGCGCGCAAUCAGCAGGGUUCGGCGGGUUCCUGCCAGCCGUUGCCAUGGUGAAGCUGAGGGCGCGGUGCGCAGUGGCGGGAGAUGCCUCUGUUGGGAAGAGUGCUUUGACGCAGCUGCUUCGCAGCGACGGGACUCACUUUCAGAAGAACUACACGAUGACCGCAGGAGUGGAGAUUGUGGUCAAAACGGUUAACAUCCCUGACAGCAGUGACAGCGUCGAGCUGUAUCUCUUUGACUCCGCGGGGAAGGAGGUCUUUGCGGACGUGCUUGAGAAGCAGUGGGGAGAGCUGUCAGCCCUGUGCCUGGUGUUCGAUAUCACCAGCGAGCCCUCCUUCAGAAGCUGUGCCAAGUGGCUGGAGAGGGUCCGAGCUCAGUGCCACAGCCUGCAGCUGCCAGAAAGAGAUGGAGAAUUACGAAGCCCCCUUUCAGAGCCUGGCUCAGGCCUUUCACAGGAUCUACCAGGAGAGACUGGAGGUCAUCCAGUCGCUCGCCUAGCAGAGGGACAAGAGGCAAAACCAGCAGGGACUGUUCCUCCUCUCCGCGCUCCAGCGACCCCUGCUGGCCGGGCUCCCAGCAAACUCGAGAAUAAUUGGGUGCAUCUCCACGAAUGAGAAGGACGGGUUCCCAAGGAGACUGGAUCACGUUUCAUCAAAAGUUCUCAAGCAAAAUGAAAGCAAAUUCGCUGUUGCUAAUAUUGGUGCAUGAUUGUAUUAUUUUUUUAUUAACAUGUUUCAGAGGGGGAAUCAAAAUUGCUCUGUUUAAAACUGAAGCCAGAAUCGCAAAAGCAUGAGAAUGAAGCUAUCAGAUUCAGACAGAGCGGGAUUUGAUUCAAGGUAGAUCCCUAUAUGAGUGUGAUAUAUAUAUAUAUAUAUAUCCCUUUCAGUCACUGUAUAAUUGUGCCAUGUUAGCUUUCCCAUCUAUAAACCUCUUUUGUAAUGCA